CGGGUGGCGGGAUCCGGCCUAGGAUUGGCUGUUGCAGGCCGACCCCCUUUCCCUGCGGUCCAUUCGCGCUUCCCCGCCGGCGCCUGCGCGGUGGGCCGGCCGUGAGGGGCAGGGGGGCGGGAAGCGCCUGGGGGCGGCAGAGCCCAUGUCGGCCUUGAGGCGCUCGGGCUACGGCCCCAGUGACGGCCCGUCUUAUGGCCGCUACUAUGGGCCUGGGGGUGGAGAUGUGCCGGUGCACCCGCCUCCGCCCAUCUAUCCCCCACGCCCCGAGCCUCCCCAGCCUCCCAUUUCCUGGCGGGGGCGCGGGGGCGGCCCGGCGGAGACCACCUGGCCGGGGGAAGGCGGAGGAGGCGAUGGCUACUACGCGUCUGGAGGCGCCUGGUCAGAGCCAGGUCGUGCUGGCGGAGGCCACCAGGAGCAGCCACCAUAUCCUAGUUACAAUUCUACCUAUUGGAAUUCUGCUGCCCGACCUCGGGCUCCUUACCCAAGUACAUACCCUGUAAGACCGGAAAUGCAAAGCCAGAGUUUGAAUUCUUACACAAAUGGGGGAUAUGGCCCACCAUACCCCACUGGCCCGGGGACAAAUACUGCCUCGUACCCUGGGGCCUAUUACACACCUGGGUAUGCUCAGACCAAUUACUCCACAGAGGUUCCAAGCACUUACCGUUCACCUGGCAACAGCCCAACCCCAGUCUCCCGUUGGAUGUACCCCCAGCAGGACUGCCAGACUGAAGCACCCCCUCUUAGGGGGCAGGUUCCGGGAUAUCCUGCUUCACAGAACCCUGGAAUGAGCGUACCCCAUUACCCUUAUGGGGAUGGUAAUCGUAGUGUUCCACAACCAGGACCACCUGUACGACCCCAGGAGGACUCAUGGGCGCCUCCAGGUGCUUAUGGAAUGGGAACCCGGUACCCCUGGCCUUCAGCUGCGCCCUCAGGACCACCGGGGAGUCUCUACCUGAACGAGAGCACUUCAUCGUGGCCUAGCAGUGGCUCUCCUCAGUCACCUCCUUCACCGCCACCCCCACAGCCUAAGGACUCCUCCUACACCUACAGCCAACCAGAUCAAGGCAUGAGCCAGCACAACUUUCCUUGCAAUGUCCAUCAGUACGAGUCCUCGGGAUCAGUGAACGAUGACAGUUCGGAGCUUUUGGAUUCCCAGGUCCAGUAUAGUGCUGAGCCUCAUCUGUACGGUAACGCCUCCCACGAACAUCCCAGCACUCAAGACCAGGGUAAUCAUCUUGCUGAAGAGUGUUUAUCUUCAGAUGAAGGGACUCCCCCUAGCAUUAAAAAAAUCAUACAUGUGCUGGAGAAGGUCCAGUAUCUUGAGCAAGAAGUAGAAGAGUUCGUAGGAAAAAAGACAGACAAAGCCUACUGGCUUCUGGAAGAGAUGCUAACCAAGGAACUUCUGGAACUGGAUUCAGUUGAAACUGGGGGCCAGGACUCCGUCCGGCAGGCCAGGAAAGAGGCGGUUUGUAAAAUCCAGGCCAUACUGGAAAAAUUGGAAAAAAAGGGAUUAUGAAGGGAUUUAGAACAAAGGGGAAGCCUGUUACUAACUCAACCAAAGAACUCUUGAUUUUGGUUAAUUACCCUCUUUUUGAAAUGCCUGUUGACGACAAGAAGCAAUACAUUCCAACUUUCCUUUGAUAGAAAGCUUGAAAAACUGGUAAAGGACUUGGAAGAACAGUUGGGUUAUGAGUUGUUUUCAGACCAGUGAAUGUAAUAGAGAGCUCUCGGGUUAUUGGUAUUGCCAAGUAGACUCGCCCAGUGAGAAAUAUAUGGGUGUCGUCGGCAAGCUGCUUCUUAUCAGCAGGAGGGGAAUUCACCUUACGUAACAGGCUCCUCAGAAACCUACAGGAUAGACUGGAUGUUCUUUGGACAGGCUCUGUUUUUUAAAACAUCUGGAUAACUUGUCACAUUUUUGUAUGUUGUAACUGCUUUCACUGUACACUUUGUGUGUAAAUUACAGCUUGGACUUUAGCCCCCUUGGACCUCUGUUUUGUUUUGUUAUUUGCAGGUCACAAAUAUAGUAUGAUUCUCUACUUCUUGGUAUAUUUUGUAGUAAUAUGUUUAAUAUAAUUACUCAACAGACUGUACUGACAGCCAGAUAGUAUGGCAGUUCUGGAUAAAUUUGUACCCUUUCACCACUUGAAUAUAUUGUACCGUGUAAUGAGUUUCUGAGGUAGAUUGUCUCCUGUUUUGUAUAGAUUAUCAGGUUAGAGUUUUACCACUUCUAUUUUUCUUACUACUAUCAGAAGGUUAAUUUGGAAAUGGCAUGCCUAUAGGAAUGAAAAUGUGGGCAUAUUCUUUUUUGCUUUCUUCAUUGUAUUUGGAUGAAGCUCCCUUUAAAAUUUCCUUCCCCCUCCUUCAUUAUCUUUUUACUACAGCUGCUUCCAUACAGGGCACAUUUGUGAAGAACACAAAUAAACACAAAUGAAAAACGCCAUGCUGAGUAGAAACAGUCACUGCAAAAGUAAUAAGCACAACCAUUUGGGAAUGCUAUUCUCCAUCUAAAAUAGUAGCUUCACCGUCAGGGUUGCUAUGAGCAGACUUCAGCUCAGCUUAUCUGCUCAGUGUACAGUAGGAUAUGCAGAGGGUAAAAGAGGAUUCAUGCUCUGGGACUGAAUCAGCCACAGCCAGAGUGGGAAAUUAUAUUCUUUUAAAGGCAGAUGUGAUGGUUAGCUUUGUUUCCCUAGAAUAAAUUGUGUAGACGUAUUGCCUGUUUUAUAAAAAAGAUGUUUACCACCACUAAUAAUAGCCACUUUGGAGCCAGAGUUAAGAAAGGGAUACUGAAAAGGUCUUAGCUGGAUUUGCAUGGGUGCUGGUGGUUUAGUCCCUCAGUUAUAUCCGACUCCUUUGCAACCCCACACACUGUAGCCCGCCAGGCUCCUCUAUCCAUGGGAUUCUCCAGGCAAAAAUACUGGAGUGGUUGCCGUUUCCUUCUCCAGGGAAUCUUCUCGACCCAGGGAUCAAAUCCACGUCUCCUGCAUUGGCAGGAGGAUUCUUGACUCCUGAGCCACCAGGAAAGCCUUUUGCUUGGGUAGCUAGCUCUAAGCUGUUGUGUAGAAGAGACUUAGGUAGAUAACUUACUUUUUAUAUCUGCAGUGAGUUCCAGUAUAUAAUAUGUUAUUGGAAAAACUGCUGUUUCUUAAUAAGAUAUCUAAGUGAUAAUGUGGUUUUUUCCCCUCUUGACUGCCAGGCCUAUUAAUAAGAAAACAAAUCUUUCAGCCAUUUUCUCUCCUCAUUAAAAAAAAAAAAAACCCAAUACAAACAUAUGAUGAGAACAAUUAGAGUAAAAAUAGUGACUGGUCUUAGGUUGAUAUGAGUGAUUUUAUGAGAUAAUAUGGUGCCAAUUUUAUUCAAGGAUUUUUAUUUUUGGCCUAAUAUAGGAAUGUUAAAAAAAGGCUUUUUUAUGAAAAUUUAAAAGUUGAAACAAAUAUUAGAAGGGGGAGAACCUUAAAGCUCAUAAACCAGUGAGACAAUGACUGAUAUAGGCAAGAACACUAUUUUUUAACUGAGUGCCCAUGAUACCAGUUUCCCUGAAGUCUUGAUUUAUUUAUAUACACAUACAUAUGUGUGUGUGUUUUUAACAGUUAUUUAAAAAAAUUUUUUAGAUAAUUUUAGACCUCCUGAAGAGUUGUAAAAACAGCAGUUUCUGUAUACUCUUCACUAAUGAUCCCUUUACAUUAACAUCUUACAUAACUGUACAGCAUUUGACAAGUUAAGAAAUUAGUCUUGAUACAAUACUAUUAACUAAAGUAGAAUUUUGGAAAGUAGAGAUUUUCUUGGUCUUUUCACUAAUGCCAUUUCUCUGUUUCAGGAUCCAAUCCAGGAUCCUGCCUCGAAUUUAGUUGUCAUGUCAUCAUAGUGUCCUCUGAUCUGACAGUGUAUCCAUGACCCCUGAUUCGGUAAUGUAUUUCUGGUGUUGCUAACCUUAGCCACUACCUAAGGUGGUGUCUAGGAAUCGCUACUGUAAAUUUACUGUGUUUUCCUUUGUAGUGACUGAAUGUUUGCUGGAGAUAACGUGAGCUAUGCAAAUGUCCCAUUUCUGCUGAAACUUCAGCCCACUCAUUUUUUAAUCCAUUGGCAGAUCUUUCUUGUGUCAGUUACUACUGUGAGGUUCCAGUGUGACUUUGUUUCUCGAAGUCCUUCUAUAUUUAUUAAUUGGAUUCCUUCUUAAGGGAGGGCUAUUGCUUCUGGAUUUAUAGUUUUAAUUAUAAUAAGAUAUUCAGGAUAAGUGGAGAAGGAAAUGGCAACCCACUCCAGUGUUCUUGCCUGGAGAAUCCCAUGGACGGAGAAGCCUGGUAGGCUGCAGUCCAUGGGGUCGCAGAGUUGGACACGACUGAAGCGACUUGGCAGCAGCAUUCAGGAUAAGUACAGACUUAGAACUUAAAGAUGUAAACCAUGUUAAAAUGAUUCUAAAUGCCAGUGUCAAGGAAAGGAAAACUAAAUUGGCAGCCUCUUCCAGAAAAUAUAGUGAACGUAAGGAAAAUCGGUGUUCAUUUAUUUGUGUGUGGAUUUGAUUCAGUUCUUGACUUAGUAUUCACUCCAGACUGAAUUCAAAAUGUUUUUGAUAUUUCAAAUCUGGACUUUUAAAAAGUGUCUAAUAUUACUUUGGGGAUAAUUUUUGUGAAAAUCGUGAAUAAAGUUACCCAGAUCUGGCAUGUUAAACACAACUAUCUCUUUUUUAUAAUAACCACUAUUGUUCCAAAUACAAAUGCCAGCAUAAACAUUUACAUAAGUAAGUCGCGAUGAAGUAUCAGUGGCAUGAGCUAGUCUCUACAUUCUUGGUGGGGAAUUCUUCCAAAUGCUUUGAAAAAUAGGGCUUUUAAAACUGAUUUUUAGCUGGUUAAAAAUCUUCCUACCGUUAGAGGUAGGAAGAUUUUAAAGUUGAAGAAUAUAGAUUAAAUUGGCAUUAAAGUUUUUUGGGGGACGGAUACUUGAUGACUGGAAUUUUUCAUCUUUUUUUUCUUUUUAAAAAAGUUAUGAGUUUAAAGACUCAAAUAAUUCCAUAGAAGCUAGCAAUUUAAAGUUUACAAAAAGGAGCUCUCUGUCACACUCUCAUUUUUCCCUUCUACAAAAGUAACCACUUUCAACUGAGUUUUUUUAAGAAAAUUCUCUCGAUGUUUUUUUAACCUUUUAAAAAAAUUUGGCUGCACUGUGCAGCUUGUGGGAUGUUAGUUAUCCGACCAGGGAAUUAUGAUUCUGUGGCCCCCAGCGGUGGAAAGCGUGGUCCUAACCACUGGACCACCAGGGAAAUCCCAGUAUUUUUAAUAACACAGUUGUAUUUCUCCCUCUUCAUUUGUCAAUUUUAGGCUGUUUCUACUUGUUUUCUAUUGUAGAAGAUGAUGGUCUGGUCUCUCUGCCUCUGCCAUAUACACAUUGCAGCCCUCCUCCCUCCAGUUUCUCCAUCCACUUAUCUGGUAGUUCUGUUGUUCGUUACUAUACUAUGUAAUGCUGACCAGAGCUUAUUCGUGUAGUAAACUGCUUACUUUUCCUGAACAACUCCUGGAAUUGUGAAUGAAUGAAUUUCCUUGGAAUGAAUCCUUUGUCGUACUUGGUUUGUUGAUGUACUUAUGACUAAUUUGACCUCAAACCCUCCAUCAUUUGUCUAAAUCUUCUCUUAAGAUGCUCAGAUAUAUUUUGGUCAGUUUCAGGCUCCUGAAGAAGCUGUGCUCUGGGGGCCCUCUGACGGGAGAAUGGCUGUGUUCCUGGUGCAUACUUACAUUCUGGUGUCUUCUGUUCAUCCUGGGGAUUCUCUCCACCUCUUCUGUUGGAUUCUUUUUUUCCUGCAAUCUGUGUCUUUCUCUUUCUUAGUGUUUUCCCUCAUUUUGGUCGAGCCUGUUCUCCAGUAGCUUUCUGAAAAAAAGGUGUAUAGGAAAUAAUUUUUUAAAUAUCUUGCAUAUUUGAAAAGGUGUUUUCAUGAUCCUUUGUUUAAAACUUGGUUUUUCUUUUUGGUAGCUUGUAGGCUAUUUUUGUCCCCUCUGUUCUGAGUAUUUCCUAACAGUAUAACAUUGGUGUGGGUCUGUUUUUGUCCAUUUUCCUGGGCAUAAUUCAUUCUGGAGACACCUGCCCUUAAGUCCUAUAAUAUUUUCUCGGGUUUUUUGUUUCUCUUCACCCUCCGCUACCCUCAUUUCUAUUACCUCUUUUUAGAAUUCUUGCUGUUUCUGUUAUGGAUUUCUUAGCCUGGUUCUUUGAUUUUUCACUUCAGUUUUCUGCCUUUUUGCUGUCUUUGUGGGAGAUUUACUCCCCUUUAUCUUCCAACUCACCACUGAAUUUUACAUUUCCACCUACCAUAUUUUUAGUUUCUAGAAUUUUUUGUUCUCUAUGUGAUUCCGCUCUUGUUUGUGGGUGUAGCAUCUUAUAACUCUAAGGACAUUAAUGGUAAUUUCUUGAUAUUUGUUUCAUCUUGAAUAAUGAAUUUCCUACAAAUUGCUGUUCCCUUUCUUUUUAGAUUGCCAUCUUUUUCAUGUUAGAGUUUUUUUUCAGAUGUCUGUUAGUUCUUAGUUGUGUUUUUAUACUGGACACCAUUGUUGUUCACUACUGGAGACUCAAAAUUGCUUCUAGAAAAUGCUUCAUGACUAUUCUGUUUAAUUAUUUUUUCAUACUCUUUCUUGGAAAGAAUAUCUGUUUUAAAUGGAAAUUGAGAAGGGAAGACUAUCUGAAUAAUUUUUACUUCUCUGUGAAGAGGGGAGGGUUUUACACUCUGUGUGGCUCUUCUCAUCACAAGUGGUGGACGGUUCGCACACAGUACAAAAUGUGAGCAGAGACGCCAGCUACUGAGAAGGGAGGAUUUAGGGGUUUCUGAGAUCAGAGCACAUUUGCUCUAGCCAACUCUUAAAUGUUCUUUUAUUUCACAAUAUACACCUUACCCUGGUAGAAUGCCAAGGGUAGUGUUGCCAGAUAAAAUAUAGGACUCUCAGUUACAUUUGAAUUUCAGAUAAACAACAACUCAUCUUUUAGUAUCAGUGUGUUCCACAUAUUGCAUGGGACAUAAUGAUACUAAAAAUAAUUGUUUUUCUGAAAUCCAGAAUAACUAGGGAUAUAGUCUCAUCCCUCAGUAUGGGUGGGGGAUUGGUUCCAGUACAAAAACCAUGGAUGCUCAAGUCUCUUAUAUAAAAAUGGUGUAGUAUUUGCAUAAAACCUAGGUUUAUCCUUCCAUAUACUUCAAAUCACCUCUAGAUUAGUUAUAAUACUUAAUACAAUGUAAAUACUAUGUAAAUAGUUGUUAAUACAAUGUAAAUGCUAUGUAAAUAGUUGCUGAAUGUGUGGCAAAUUCAAGUGUUUGCUUUUUGGAACUUGACUGAAUUUUUUUUCUUUCUUUCCAAAUAUUGUCAACCCAUGGUUGGCUGAAUCCGUGAAUGUGGAACUCAUGGAUAGGAGUGCCAGCUGUAUUGUAUUCUUUCUUUCUUUAUUUUUUGGCCAUGCUGAGCAGCUUGUGGGAAUCUUAGUUCCCCCCAGGGAUUGAAGCCCAGCCCUCAGCAAUGCAAGUGUGGAGUCCUAACCACUGGACUGUCAGGGGAUGCCCUGUAUUGGAUCUUUUUAAUUACAGUUUUUGUUCUGAGGUAAUUUGUUAGUUCACAGACGGUUUUCUGAAAUAAUGCAGAGCUUUCCUGUACCCCUUACCCAGUUUCUUCCAAUGGCAACAUCUCACAGAACUUCACCGCCACGUCACCACCAGGAUGUGGACAUUGAUAUGGAACAAGAUGCAGAACAGUCCCGUCGCCACCGCCGUUCCUCCUGUUGACCUUUCACAGCCACCCCUGCUUCUCCUUUCCCUCCACACUAAGUCCGUGGCAAUCACAAAUCUGUUCUCCAUUUCUGAAUUUUGUCAUUUUGAGAACGUUACAGAAAUAGAAUUGUAUGGUAUGUGAUCAUUAGAGAUUGGGUUUUUUGCCCACUCAGCAAAAUUCUCUUGACAUUGAUCCAAGUUGUUUCCUGUAUCUGUAGUUCUUUUUUAUUGCUAAUUAGUAGUUUGUGAUAUGGAUGUACCUUUGUUCAACCUUCACCUGUGGAAGGAUAUCUGGGUGGUUUCAGUUUAGGGCUAUUAUGAAUAAAGCUGCUAUGUACAUUCAUGCACA